CUUCCCCACCUCCGAACUUUGCCUUUCCGGAAGGAACCUUGGAUUUUUUAUAAAUCAACUUGCUGCCUACAACUGAGUCAGCUUUGCAACCGAGGACUCACCAUUCAUCCUACGCCAGUUCCACUUACUUGCUGUCCUACGCCUCUCCUUUUGCCGAUCCGAAUCUUCACUCCUUCAGCGCGAAGUUCGAGGAUGUCGGGAAUCAAAAACCUACCGGACGAACUACAGCUCGAGGCCGCAGCACACGUAAAGUACAUACAGAGCUUAGAUACGAAAAAGGAUGAAUAUGAAUACUGGCUUACCGAACAUCUUCGCCUGAACGGGCUCUAUUGGGGGCUUACCGCGCUGCAUCUGCUCCGACAGCCCGAUGCCCUGCCCCGCGACGAAGCCAUAGACUUUGUUCUCUCUUGCCAACACGAAACCGGCGGAUUUGGUGCUGCGCCCGGCCAUGACGCACACAUGCUCUACACAGUCAGCGCCGUCCAGAUCCUUGUUUUACUUGAUGCCUUGGACGAGUUAGAGAAGCGUGGCAAGGGUAACGGUAAAGCUCAAGUGGGCAAGUUCAUCGCAAAUCUCCAAAAUCGGGAAACCGGCGCAUUUGCGGGCGAUGAAUGGGGAGAAGAAGACACGCGAUUUCUAUAUGGCGGGUUAAAUGCUCUCUCCCUCCUAGGUCUAUUGGACUUGGUCGACGUGAACAAAGCAGUUGAUUACGUUGUUGCGUGCGCCAAUUUUGACGGUGGAUACGGCGUUAGCCCCGGCGCUGAGAGCCACUCCGGCCAGAUCUUUACAUGUGUGGCUGCUCUUGCUAUUGCCGGCCGCAAAGAUUUGAUCGAUGUUGACAAGCUUGGCAGCUGGCUGAGCGAGAGACAAGUCAGCCGUGGCGGCUUCAACGGGAGACCGGAGAAGCAAGAAGAUGUGUGCUACAACUGGUGGGUAUUGGGCAGCCUAUCAAUCAUUGACCGCGCACACUGGAUUGAUAGGGAAAAGCUCAUCAAGUUUACCCUCAGCUGCCAAGACACCGAAAAUGGUGGCCUGUCAGACCGGCCCGGUAAUAUGGUCGACAUCUGGCACACCUUCUUUGGCCUGACAGGUCUAAGCUUGCUAAAAUAUCCCGAUGUGGAAUACAUUGACCCGGUGUAUGCUCUACCGAAGUCUACGAUAGAUCGCGUGUUUGGCAGGACAGGUUAAAUGCGCGACGGCUCCUAAAAAGUGACCAUCCAAUUCAUCCGACUCUCGAAUCUGAAACAUGCCAGGAUUGAGAAGGCAAUAUCGUGAUCUGGUGACUAUAGGUGCAUUAUGGAAUUCCACAUCAAGCUCGGUGACUCGAUUUAUCAUCUCUUGCAAUCUAAUAACCUACUAACUUAUUCUAAAUGAUAGUUAGGAUACAAGGCAAGAGUAGAUCGACUUCAAAAGUUUUCCCCUUGCCUAUAUUUCAUCACGUCAUAUGGGCUUUAGGGUUACAUUUGUACAUCUUAUUCGCUGAUCAUUGGAUCUAGCUCGAUCGUCUUGAAGCCGUUCGGCAACCAA